AUGAAGUUGCCUGAGUCACUCAAGUUCUUCUACUCCACCGUAACUUGGACUGUACGAGCUGGUUGUGUAGCCCAUUUGAUUCACGAAUACGUUUAUGAGUUCACAGAAACCAGAGGAGAAUCUAUGCUUCCCACUCUUCAGAGCCAGAACGAUUACGUUCACGCUUUGAAGAAGUAUCGUUUGGGUAGGGAUAUCGAUAUGGGAGAUUGCGUUGUAGCCAUCAAGCCCAGCGACCCAGACCAUAGAGUUUGUAAGAGAAUAACAGGAAUGCCUGGAGAUGUUAUACUUAUUGAUCCUUCAUCCUCUUCAGAGUUGUCCAAUACUCCAGCUGAAGUCAUACAACACGAUGGUUACAACAAGUAUAUAGUCGUACCUGAAGGUCAUGUAUGGUGUACUGGAGAUAACUUGUGCCAUUCCUUGGACUCCCGUUCAUAUUCAGUAUUGCCUAUGGGUCUUAUAACUGGAAAGAUAGUAGCUGCGAAUUCCAUGAACAAGGGCUUUUUCUCAGGAUGGAAUUUCCAUUGGAUUGAGAAUGCAUUUGUUGAAGAAUAA